AUGACAUUAUCACCUACUAAUACUACUACAGGUCGUGGUAGUGGUAGUGUUACUAAUGUCAAUAUCAAAGAUAAUGGUAUACCCACUAGUCAUUUCUUUAAUUAUAGUUUAGAAAAUACAUCGACAUCAUCAGACCAAAUCAAAUCAUUUCAUCCUCAUCAUAAACAUACCCAUAGUCAUAGUCAUACUCGAGUCAUAAUCAUUCCAACUCUCGAUGAUCUUAUUCUGGGUGAUCGUAAUGAAGAUGAAAAUAAUGGUGAUGAUUAUUAUAGUGAAGGUGAAUUUAUCAAAUAUCUUGAAUCGAUUCAUUGUAUUGAGAAUUAUCAAUUUAUAAUCGAUAUCAAUAAACUCAUUGAACAAUAUCAUGAGAUGAAAUUAUUGGAAUGGCAGGUUUUCUUUAAUCAAUUUUUAAAUAUGAAUAGUAUUCAAGAGAUUAAUAUUGGAUGUAAUUUAAAAUCGAAAUUUAAUUAUUUUGAAAUUCCAACUUUACAUUUACUUGUACAUAUUAAAAAGAUAAUUAUGGAUGAAAUUUUGAUUAAUUUAUUUAAUGAAUUUAUAAAAUUUAAGAAUUAUCAUAUUAAAUUGAUUAAUAAGAAUGGUGGUGAUGAACAUGAUCAAUUAAUUAUUUAUAGAAGAAAAUCAGAAUUAGUCUCACCAAUCGAUAAAACUAGUCAUAUUCCAUAUCCUGAUGAACCAAUCUUGGGACAACUUGAUGAAGAAGAAAGCUUAUCAAAUCAAAUUGAUAAUAAAUUAUUUAUUUCAAAAUCAACCAUUAAACAAAUUGAAUUAAAUGAUAUUGAUGAUAAUUCGUCAUCAAACUCAUCCAAUGAUUCAUCAUUAGAUAAUGAUAGUUAUUUAAUAUCAAGUCGCAAUAAUUCAUCAGCAUCAACCACUACCACCGUAUCAAACUCUGGUGUUCCAGGAUCAAGAGGUUCAUCGAUUGGAUCUAUAAUUGAUUCAAUUGAGAAAUUUAAAAAGGUUAAAAAACAAUUUAAAUUUAGAAGAUUUAGUAAUGAAGAGUAG